CUGAACAAUAAUCUAAUCUAAUUCUACAAACUGCCAAUCUACAAUAUACAACGCACAAAUCUACUCAAAAGAAACAAUAUUCCUAACAUCAUGCCAACUGGUCCAGACGAAACUCACCAGCACGAAUCAAGUGCAGGUGCCGCAACUGAGCACGUUAUGAAGAACUCAUCCUCGAAAACCGAUAGCCAUGCCAGCGACCAUCCUAUUCAUGAUCAAGGUGAAGUGAAGGCAGAUAAAGUUCAGUUCCGUCAUCACGAGGCAAACCCAGGGCCUGUUAUCCCUGAAAGUAUGCCGGAGCAAGAAGGCUCAAAGGCGGACCGUCAAGCAAAGGCUGCUGCUUUGAACAAGUAAAGCUCUCCAGUAUGCCUGUUCUACUCUGUCUGAUAGACUAAACUAAUUCAAUAGACUUUAAGAACUUUACACGAACUAUACGAUCAUUUCGAACGAAAUGUAAUGAAUCGAGGGCCCAUGGAUGGCUGGCGUUCGUAGGUCGGAUGGUCAAGGAAGCGGAUGGUGAUGAAUACAUUCUGGCAUAUAUAUGAUUAGCAAGGAAAUGAAACUUCUAUCUUUAUCGAA